AUGGCGUCAGUUGUUGAUCCAAAAUCUAUCGGCACACCAUUGAAGAAAAAGAAACGCACAAAUGCUGCAAGUAAAAAAUCCUCUUCUAACUCAAAAAAAGAAAAGAAGGUCGAUAAUUCCAAUUUGACUUCAAAGUGGUUAAAUAGGAAGCAAUUCGAAAAUAUGGGAGUCGAGUAUAAGAAAGGUGUCUUUACGAACGACGAGAAAGAAAGAAUAAAACAAGCAUUACUUGACUAUCAAAGGUUACAUAAUCUAGACUCUAGUAAACUUCAGACUCUCAUAUACGGCCGGCAUUCGCUAGAGCAUAAAAAUUUUUGGCCAUAUAUUGCCACUCAUGUGGGAACGCGCCCAAUUAGAACACUUGCAAUCCAUAUUCAAAGGGAGUUUCACCCUUUUAAUUACACUGGUUCGUGGAGCUCUGAAGAAGAUGAGAAACUAAAAGGACUUGUUGAAAUCUAUUAUCACGAUUGGACCGCAAUAGGUCAUCAAAUGAAUCGCACGGGGCAACAAUGUAGGGAUCGUUGGCGAGAUUAC